UGGGGGGGGUGAUGGCGGUUGGGGCGGUGGAGGCGCGACGGGCAACGGGCAAUAAAUGAGCGCGGAGGGCGGCCGAGCGCCGGUGACAUGGAGAAGAUGAUAGUCGGCUUCCUCCUCUUCAUCUCCCCGGCUUUUCCAGUCGGCCCAUCGCGGAUGGAGCUGCAGGCUGAGGCCAAAGAGCUCUGCUUCGCAGUGAACAAUGAGCCUUACUGGUGUGAAACGGGGUACUGCUGUGGCGAGACAGAAUGUUGCACCUACUACUACGAACUGUGGUGGUUCUGGUUGGUCUGGACUAUAAUCAUCAUGCUUAGCUGUUGCUGUGCUUAUCGCCACCGGCGGGUGAAACUCCGACUACAACAGGAGCAGCGACAGAGGGAGAUCAGUUUGAUGGCCUACCAGGGUGCCAGCACAUACACAACACAACCACUGGAUUUAAGGUUCUGGACAAAUUGUAAGCUUCCAGACUACGAAGAGGUGGCAGGCCACCCUCCAACACCCCCUCCCCCCUACACUGAAUUACAACAGCAAAACGCACAAACCUCGAGCCAAGAAAAUGCAGUUGUGGAGAGUCUGCCUGCGCUGCCGGAGUCUGCAGCACCAGUGCAAGAGGAUGAGCCAACAAUGCAAGAAGUGGAGUCCAGCUCAUCUGCUUGCCAACAGGAAGAGGAGCAUGAUGCUUCUGCCGACAGCUCUUCCAGUGAGCGGGAAAAUGGGGAUAUCAUUCAAAAUGAGGAAUCUGCUGAUUUUAAGACCUUGGAGAUGGAUUCCCAUUUGUGUGAUGAAGGGGAAAUGAAGGAAGAUAACUCCUCGCGGCAGAGACGGAUCACUGGAGACUCUGGCAUCGAGGUGUGUGUCUGCCAAAUGGACGAGGACCCUUACCAUGAGGAAGUGGGGCUGAUGGAUGGUGGUGCCCAAGGGUGUUGUGAACCCCAGUCAUCCUGCAACUCGCAAGUCUUCAAACAGGCUCAAAACAUGCAGCCGAAACAAUGUUCUACAAAAGAACCAGAGGAAAAGAACAGUGAUAUAGCGUAAAUGUGCCAAUGUUACUGGUACUCGAGUUGAACAGAUGGUGCAAUCUAUGACUGCUGACUGUUAAGCAUUAAUUCUGGGCUUGCAACAUGAUCCAUAAGGCGCCCCAAGUAAAUCAGGUGAAACAUGCAGUCUAUAGACACAGUUUGUGAUUUGUGCAGGAUUUCACAAUUGGAUGGCCUGCAAAUAAUCCAGAUUUCAUGUUGGCAUUUAAAAAAAAUGUGGUAGCAAUAUAAUGCGUUGAUAAUUUUCAAACCUUUGUCAUUGGAGGUUUGUUUUGCCAUUUAAAGCAAACUCACUCCAUUUUUUGUUUUAAAUUUUGUAAUGGUGGAUAGGGGGUGGGAGCUUUCUCUAACCGCUCAGUACAUUUAGAGUGGGAAUUGGAUCUUUUGGCCAGACCUCUUCCAUUGCUGUUGUGUAUUUUUUGGGAUGUGCAAGAGUUUCUCGGGCUACUUUAACUAAAGGUAUCACUGAUCUUCCUCCUUGCAGUGUGCAUGACGCUUCCUAUAGAGUUCUGGGCAUAAGGCCUGCCUAGAAUUGGCUGGUCAGUAUGUGGUGAGCCUGUGCCCUGUGGUGCAGCAAGUUGACUGGUUUACUGCCAUAACCCAACAGUUUUUCAUUGCUUGAAUGAAUAAUAAUUUGUUAAAAGAUGAAUAUGUUGGAUUGCCACAUGUUGCCCAUCUGAAACUCUCUUGCCCCUGGUUAUUCCUUUAAACAGGAGGCUUAGUUUUAAUAACAAGGUGUUUAGACUGCACUAAUGCAUUGCACAUUUAAAUACGUUUACUUUUGAGUUUAAUUUUAGAUUUGCAUUAAGUAUAUUUCUGUGGUACUUUGGUAUGAGGUUAACUAAACAAAAAAACCUUUAACCAUUUGAAUGUUGAUGUGCUAAAAGAUAUACCAAACUUUUUUUUUCAUACUAGGUAUAGCAUCUCCAUUUAAAAAAAAAAAGCCAAACUUGAGGCAAUCAGUUGUAGGGUAGUAGUGCAGUUUGUAUCAGAAGGAAGGAAGUGUUAGAUGUUCACUGUGUUUUGCAGGUAUUCUGCCGAUUGAUGCAUAACCUGUGACACUGGGAUUCCAGCGACUCGUGGUGUUUAAUAUUUGCAUCCAAAUUAUGAAAAGUAUGCAGUAGUUAUGUUCCCAAUUCUUCUCUCUGGGCUAAGAACAUUUUGGACUAUAUAGCAAUUGAAAUACUGCCAGGUACAGGAAUGAUUCUGCAGGGGAGCAACUAAAGAUGUUAAUCAUUGACAAUGUUAAUACAUUGGCUCCAGUGUGUUGUUUCUCCCAUUGACAAUGUAGGCAAUAACCCUGUGAAACUUUAUUUCAGCCUUUGGAUAGUUAUAACUAAGUCGAGUAGGUACAGCAUUGUGUAGGAAUGUACAACCUUAAGUACUUCAAUUUACUUAUUCCACUUUGGAGGGUGGAAGGCAUCCAGUAUAUCGAGUUAGGACUUGAUUGCAUUGAAAUAAAAUAAAAGCAUUUCAAGACCUUUAAGCAAAAAUAGAAUUUUCCUAAAAAUUAGAAUCUGUAAACUUUCAAUUAUGUAAUACUGCAAUUUGGAAAUAUUAUUUGUGGAUUCUGCCAGUCCUGUAUUCUGUUCCUCCUUCCAUUUAUAACGAAAAGCCAAUCUGAGUGACUAAAAUGCUGCUAAACAGACACGAUGGAAAGGUAAAAAGGAAGUUAAGUUGAAUAAAACAAAAUCAUGUUUUUCUUUGGGUUUUUUUUUAAGUUCAACCAACCAUAAAUGCACAAGAUUAAAUCUGUGUUCAGCUUUAUUACUGAUGACUUGGUCUUUUGUUUAUCAAAUUAUCAAUAGAAGGAAGGACAUAAGAAUAAUUGAUGCCUUGCAAGGAAUUGAAAUGUUUUGAAAAGGCAACAGGAUCCAGGGAGGCACUAAUGGUGAGUUUAAAAUAAAUCAUCAAAUUAGAUGUUGAUUAUAGCACAAUAAAAUGAGCAAGGAGUGGAGCCCAUCAUUUCAGUUGCACUCUGAACACAAUAAAUUAUUCGUUGACACGUUGCAGUCUGUGUCAAAAUUGAAAAGCCGUAUCUGCAAUAGGUAUUUAAUAAUGAAAUCCAGCCCUGAUGGAAACCUUUUUGUUCAGUGGGUAAUUAAAGUGGGUAAAAUUUGCACUUGCAGCUUAUGCAUAACUACUCAGUUUUAGACUCCAAUUCUGUGGGAGGUGAGAAAGCAGCGUUCUGUGAACUGACCUGCCAAUGAAUGACAUUGAAAGCAGUCAGAGACUGUUUGAAUUGUACGGCAGGCAGUACAUCUGUGCUGACCAUGUUUGGUGAAAUAUGAAGUGAAACAAAAUGUAGCCAUUACAUGAAACGGAACUUGGGAGUUUAAGUAAUCCAACCUGGUUGCCAGUUUUGUGGAUGUGAACAGCUAUUUAAAAAAAAAAAAAAAAAAAAAAAUCUCUUUUGAACAAGUGACGUCUUGAGGCCUUUGCAUCUUGGUAUUUAUAAAAGGUGGGGAUAUGAGUUAACAAAACUAAAGGGGUUCCCAAAAUUGGCUCGGGAGAACUUCAAAGGCUGGUCAGAUGGGAGAAAUGGCACAUUGAGGCCAUUUUGUUAUUAAGGAGGAAAUAAAAUGAUAGUAAAAAAUUAUUUUGGGUAAAUAAUUCAAUAAUACAAUGAAGGAUUGAAAGGGACAGUUGUAAUUUCAAGGUUUUGACCAUUCACACCUGAGCAAAAUAGAAAUAAUUCGCCUGAACUUGGAGAGCAGACGAUACAGGCAAUUGAACGAUUCUUUCAAUGACUUUUUAUGUAAAGAAUUGGUAGUUCUUUUAAUUAUUAUUUUAAAGGGAGGUCAUUUUUGCAGUCACAGGGUACUGUGAUAUUUUGAUGCCUUUUUAAUAUGAAACAUUUUAAUUUUGUAAUUUGAUAGGGACACUGAUAGAAAUGCAUGUUCUAUGAUGUGAUUCAUUGUACUCUGAAUUACAGUGCUGAAGUCUUUUAUAUAUUAAAUAAAUGAAAACUUUCUUUGCUGCUA